AUGCUUUCGCUAUCUAACCCUGUGGUUCCCACGAAUUAUGCUAUUGAACUUACAAUAAUUGACCCAUCGAAGGCUAACUUUAGAGGGCUUUUGAGAGCAGAUCUAACAAUCAACAAAAAUAGGGGUGAACGCAACGAAUUCAAGGAGUUUUCACUACACGCAGAGGAAAUCGUUGUGCUAUCUGCAAAAAUUGGUAGCCAGGAAUUGAAUGUCACUUUCGACAGAUCCUCUAGCAUUGUCACCUUUCAUUUCGAGUCUGGAUUGAAGGUAAAUGAUGCUGGAGAAUGGGACCCUCUGGUUGUCGAGUACGUGGGUAAACUUCAGCCUAUCAAAACUUUCCAGGAUGUCACUCGCGGAGUUUUCAAAACGAACUACAUGGACAUCGCAUCUGGAAACAGCAAUCACUACGUCGUAGCCACACAUUCGCAACCGGGUUUUGCUAAGAGAAUUUUUCCCUGUAUCGAUGAACUAAAUCAUAAGGCAUUUUUCCAGUUGAGCGUCAAAACUUUGCGUCGGUUCGUCGUCGCCUCCAACACGCAGGUCGAAACUGAAAGCGACGAGCCCACCUUUCAAAACUCUACCGGGAACUCUGAUUCCAUGAAAAAAGUGUCUUUCACAACAACUCCGCUGAUGGCUCCAUCUCUCUUCGGGUUUGUUUUGGGAGACCUGCACUCCAUAGAUGCUCAGAUCACGCUGCCUCAGGGCAAAUUGCCAAUUCGCUUUCUCGCCGCGCAGCAAGUGAACCUAGCAGCUUUCGCACUCGACACUGUGUGUGAAUAUCUGCCAGCUCUACAAGAACUGUUCAAAUGCAAGUACCCACUAGCUAAGUUGGACUUCGCACUCCUGCCCUUUCUCAGCGAUAUGGCGAUGGAGAAUUUCGGACUAAUCACAAUUCGGCAGGAUCAUUUGCUGUUGGACCCCUCUGUGCUAGCAGAUGAAACCAUUCAAAACCAAGUCCAACAGCUAGUCGUUCACGAACUAGUGCAUCAAUGGAUGGGAAACUAUAUAUCGUUUGACUCGUGGGAGCACCUGUGGUUCAACGAGGCUUUCGCUACUUGGUGCGCUUGUGAAUUGAUUAGCACAAAUUCCAAACAGGACUAUUGGUCGUCUGCAGAAUACUUGCAGCAAUUAAGUGGCGCUCUUUUGAAAGACGGCAGUGCCGAUAGCCAGAGCAUAGCGUCCAGAUCCAAAAUAGAUCAAAUCUCUCAGACCUCCGACGCCGUCGACCCCUACAGCUACUGCAAAGGUAUAUCAAUUCUGAGAUCUUUGCAAUGCUCUAUCGGGAAAGACAACUUCAAAUCUGCCUUACAAUCAUUGGCCUAUAACGAAUCAUUCCAUAAACGUUGCAUCAAACCUUCCGAAAUCUGGAGCUUCUUCGGACAGCAACUGGGAUCUGCAAACAUAUCAAACUUCAUGUUUUCGUGGAUACAAUCUCCAGGAUUCCCAGUCUUACAUGUUACAUGCGAAAAUGGCAAUACGCUAUUAAAGCAAAAUCGCUUUCAGUCCGACAAAGACAAUGCUUCAGAGGACGUUCCUUUUCAUAUUCCAUUAUUUACCCUUCUACCGGACGGGUCUGAAGAUAAACAGCACAUCCUGAUGACAGAUCGAUCUCUAAAGCUUCCAUUCAAAGCUACACUUUUUAACUCAGAUGUCAAAGGGUACUAUAGAGUGUCUUACGAAAGUGCAGAAUGCUACGGUCAGCUGUGUGAAGCUUUGGCGAGCGGGCAGUUAUCGGAUCUCGAUUUAUAUGGGGUAUUCCGUGAUCUUGAUGUUUUCAUUGGUGACGAGUCAUACCAGAAACGAGAACACUUGAACGGUUUGAUUCAACUGCUCUGCACCAUCGCAUCUCGUGUGGAUCUGAACAUAUACCCAAAGUACUAUCGCGGUUUGAGUCUAGGCCUAACAAUCCUUCAGCAGUUGGAGCUAAGCGAUCUGAGAUUUGGCAGCGGUAAGGAGAAUAAGAAAUAUUCGGACAUCAUUAUUACACCAUUGUUCAACCAAAUUCAAUGGCCAGAAUCCUUCCACAAUGUUCGUCCCAGUAUCCAUCAAGCGCUCGUGAUGUCGCAAGUUCUAUCUGCAGGUAAAACCUUGGCGGACGUGCAGUCGCUGUCCAGCAAAUACUUCAGAAAAAUACUUCAAGGGCCUCAAGGAGCUAUACCGUUCGAGCUUGUAGAGAGUAUCCUGACGGUGAACUCUUUUUGCACAUCGACCCUGAAGCAAUGGAAAAAACAUUACGACCUCGUAAAGUCUAGUCAGGGUCUUGCGACCCAUGUAUCUGGCUGCUCUGUAGCGGAUAUCCAAGAUGCGGCCCUUGAAUCGAUCGGCUUCUGCACAGAGCCUCAACUAGUACAGAAGCUUCUCAAUUUUGUAUCAAGCAACUUCAGCUCUGCUGGUAGCGAGAAGGCUUUGUUUGGAUUGUCAAAUAAUGCAAAAAAGGCUUGUGGUUCCGAGCAAAUUCGCGACGUUGUAUGGGCUUGGUUUGACCUUCACUUCGAUCAAUGGGCAAAGAAGUCUUCAACGGGCGAUUCCGUCGACUGUCAACGCUCGAGAAAUACUCUUCUUGCUGUGUCUGUGGUUGUAUUCGAAAUGUGGCAGGACAUGCCAGAAAAGGUAGACGCAUUUGCGACUGCAAAGCAAAGCAAGUUCGGAGGGGAUCUGAGAGUUGCUGAUGUCUGGACGUCGGUCAAGCGCAGCCAAAUUCCAAAAAUGACAAUCUAUAAGGGCCUCCUGGGCUUUUGA